AUGGAAAGUCAUCUGAAAUCCCUUUUACAGCCACUUGGCCGCACAGAGCUGUGCGAUUCCGUGAUUCCGGCCCUUCUGGACUGUAUCUCCGAGAUUGCCAAUUCACUACGCGAGUCACAACAUGUCUCCCUCGCUGGCACCACAAACAAGUUUGGCGACGGCCAAUUGAAUGUCGACAUGGCAGCAGAGAACCUCGUUCGAGAAGCGAUUGCGAGGUGCCCUUCCAUUGCGACUGCGAGCAGCGAAGAAGAGCCCGUGGAGCGCGCUGCUAGCGACGGCCAAGCCGUCAACCCCACAUCAGAGAAAUACACAGUCGCCUUCGACCCUCUAGAUGGGAGCUCAAUCAUCGCGCCCAACUGGACUGUGGGCACAAUUCUGGGCAUCUGGGACGGUGCCUCGGCGAUCAACCAACAGCCCUCGGAGAAACAGAUUGCCUCUGUGUUGGGUGUCUAUGGGCCGCGCACCACGGCUAUUCUUGCUUUGAGAAUUCCCGGUGGUGAGCCUCAAUGUCUCGAGAUCGGGAUCGGGGGCACCAGACAGGAACAUCAGAUCAUUCGAUCCAAUGUGCGACUCGCGGACCCGCCAUUCAAAACGCGCUACUUUGCCCCGGCCAAUCUUCGCGUGGCAGGACAGAGCGACAGCUACAUGCGCCUUAUCACGUAUUACAUCGAAAAAAGCUAUACUUUGCGUUACUGUGGUGGAUUGGUACCAGAUAUUGUGCAUGCGCUGGUGAAAGGGCAUGGCGUGUAUGUAUCCCCUGUGACAGCUGCAAGCCCGGCCAAAUUACGUCGUUUGUACGAGCUUUUCCCCAUUGCGCUGAUCUUGGAAUGCGCCGGGGGAAAGGCCAUCGAUCCUGCUUCAGGAGAGGAUAUCUUGAACCGACCAUUGGAGAAUUGUGAUGAGACUGCGGGUCUGGUUUGUGGUACGGCCGAGGAGGUCGAGAUUGUGAAGAAGAUACUUCUUGGUGCAUGA